AGAUUAAGUGAUCAGAAAUCCGGCACCUAUGAUCAUUUCUGACAUUACAAUCAAACGCAAGGCAGGGUUAAUCCUACCAGCGGCGUACUGGACGUGGCUUCCUGAGCGAGUGAACAGUGACAGAUGAUGAGUUUAGUACCCUGAGGAUUGCGCACAAGACAGUCAGUGAUCUGCUUUCAACCGUUUAACACCGCAGAGUCCCAGCCGCGACGGCAGACUGGGAGACCGACUCAAUCUGAGCGACUUGUCGAGAUAAUUCGUUUAGAAGGGUAUUAAUGAUCCAAACGUAGCUUUCUCAGUCACACGGUUUCACCUCAAGAGCCCCACGUCUUGUGAUCGGACACUAAGAGCCCCGCAAGGAUCGUUACGCACAACUUUUACGCACAGCCGGGACUUGAACAGACCUCGAUGCGCUUUCCAUCUUACCAGCAAUACGGAUUACACUACCACGUAUACUCGCACAGGUGUGAUUAUGGAAAGCCUCCGAACUGCAGGAAUGGAUGAAAGGACCCCCUUCAUAACCUACUGAAGCAAAACCCAACCGCACGGACGCAGGGAACUUGCCUGGAAAAGCGUGCAGCGCCGGGUGCCAAAAUGAGCACGCACUGGCAGAGCUGGAGGAUCUUACAGAUAGUCUUUGCAACAAUUACAGCAGUCAUUACACAAGAUUUGAGCAGUAAAGAACUGACCGACAACAAGAGCCCAGUGCCUUUCCCUGUCUUCUUGCCGGUCAGCUACGAAGUAAAGGAUGCCGACUAUCUCUUCCUAAAAGAGGCUGGGCAGGACUUCAUGAGGAACUCCAGCAUGCAGAGUCACAUCCAGCCCUUUGUUAUUUUACGAGCCAGCCGCCAGCCGGCAGUCAACGCCAGCUAUCGCACCAUGUCCGCAGAGAAACUCGUGCCUCUAGAUAUGGUCCAGUCUGUGAAGCUCUUCAGUGCACCAGAGGUCUUUACCUUUAACUGGAAAAUCCAGGCCUUUGUCCUGACGCCUCGGGUUUUCUCCUCCAAGCCCAAAGUCAGGGUGCUCUUCUAUGUUGCAGGCAGGGAUUGGAACAGAGGGGAAGGCGCUCUGGAUGAGCUACCAUGUGUGACGGUGUAUGCGUUCUGGCAAACCCAGGAGGUGAGGGGUUCCUGUGCCAUAGGAGGUGAGAGGGGGACCUGCAUGGCCGAGCUGGUUCCUACGCCUGGCUGGUUUGCUCCAGGGUCAGAGGGCACCAGUAGAGAGAGGCAGGAUCCAUCUGCUGGGAACCCUGUGGAACUGUACUACCAGGCUCAGCCAAAAGUCAGAGGGAAGUGCAAUUCUGUGGAUGGAAGUCGGUGGGGGGGUUCACAGCAGCAGGCAGAGUUUAUUCCUGUCACUCCCAUGCAGAGGAUUGCAAGCGUGCGUCUUCUGCAGGUGCCUAAGGGGAUGGCAACGCUUUCGCGCCUCAAGCUCGGCAAUGCCAUCGUCAUACGGACAUCUUCCAAACCUCUAAAGAAGACUGACAUCGCCACCUUCUACAUACUCAUGGCCAGCUCUGCUCAGCUGACUAACUUCACUCUCAGAGCAACAGUAAGGAAAGGUGUGACCUUUCGAACAGUAACACCCAGUAACUCUUUACUGUGGGACAUCACUCUGGAUUUGAGUGCGGAUGGAGCCAUCGCUGUUAUUUGUCAGAGAAAGGCUCCCAUACCUGGGAAAAGGCUUGAAAGCAGUUUGCUGGAGGUACUUCAAAUGGAUUUUGAAGUUGAGGAAUUGAGCAGCCCUCUAGACAGCCAGGUAAUCAUAUGGAAGCUGGAGCUACCAUCCACAUCCAAAAAUGGAGUCAAGACUGAAGGAGCCAUGAGGAUCUAUACCACUCAGAGAGACUUUGUCGGCCUAGCUCCUCUCGUAAUGGACACGGAGAUUCUGAACACCGCUGUGCUGACGGGAAAGAAGGUGGUGAUGCCUGUGAGGACGGUAGCUGUGGAGGAAGAUGGAGUAGUCACGGAUGUGUCUGAUUACACAGACUGUAGCUCCACUGAUGAAGACGUUCUCAAGGUGUCCGACAGGUGUGACUAUGUUUUCGUAAAUGGAAAAGAGGUUAAGGGGAAGAUAAAGAUGACGGUAAACUUCACCUACAGCUACCUGAGUGCUCAGCUCGAACUGAAUGUGUGGAUGCCCCGGCUUCCUCUCCAGAUUGAGGUGUCAGACACAGAGCUGAGCCAGAUCAAAAGCUGGAGGGUACCCAUCCUCACCUCAAAAAGGACUGGCUGGAACAGUGAUGAAGACGACCGGAAGGGGAAGGGCUGUAUGCUGCAGUUUCAGCAUGCCCUUGUGAGGGUGCUAACCCAUUUCAUGGCAGAGCAAGAAGACCCCCGGGAUCCAAAGGCCUAUUUCCUGGGGUCUGAUUGGCAGGUGGAUGUCACAAGGUUGGUUCGAUACUUCAUGAAGGUGGAGGACACUCGAGUGGCAAGGCUACAGGCAGGAAGAGUGCUGUCGGGGAAAGACUUUGGGACCACUGCCAUCCAGGUGUUUUCUCCACUAUCUGAUGCCAUCUUGGCUAAAACAACUAUCAGAGUUGUGGAUGACAAAGUGACCAUCACAGAGCUGGGGGUUCAGCUGGUUACAGGGCUCUCCAUGACAUUACAGCUCAGUGCAGGAAGCAACAGGGCCAUAUUGGCUACCACAACCACACAGGAGGUGCUACAGAGUCCCAAACAGGAAGCUUUGGUCAGUGCCUGGAUACAGUUCAGUGAUGGCAAUCAGACACCUCUUGACAUUUAUGAUCAAUCCUUUUUCCGUGUGACGGUGACCUCUCUAGAUCAGGGAGUGGUGUCGGUGCAGGGCACGCCGCCAGCUGUGGUGGCAGAAGGAGAGGGCGAGGGAGUCUUGGUCAGAGUAGAGAUGUCCAUCUGUGAGGCCUGUCAGAAGUCCAAACGCAAAAGUACUUUUGCAGUAGGCAACGGCACCCUCAAGGUCAAAUUUCAAGCGAACACUAGGCGAUCAGAUGGAAUAUUCGACAGCAGUACUGUUAGCAACAAGGAAACUGACUAUGGGAACGAUGGGGAAGAAGUGGAGCGUCAGAGGAAGCAGAGAAAGCCAUCCCAGGAUGCUUCACCACGCAUGCCGAACUUAGACAGAGAAGAAAGCGCCAUGCAGAAGAUCACGACCACCAUCAAAUCUACAGAAAGAACCCUGAUAACCAGCGGUAGCCUCGGAGGAGUGGGUAAAACCAGUAAUUCAGGAAACCCUGGUAGUCCUACUACUGUGGCUAAUGUCAGCCUAAUGAGCAGCCCUGGUGAGAACAGCAAAGGAUACGGGUCAGACAACAUGAUAGUGGAGGAUAUGAGCAGUGUUAGCUUCACCAGCACGGUGAAAGUUCCUAGGAAUCUGGUAAACUCCAACAACUUCCCCACCAAGGUUGAAACCCCUGGGCAGGGGACGACAGAAAUAGAAGUUGGUGGUGAAGAAGUUUUGGCAAACAGGCCUCUAACAGACUUGGAAAUUGGCAUGUAUGCUCUGUUGGGUGUCUUUUGCCUGGCCAUCCUGGUUUUUCUGGUAAACUGUGUCUCAUAUGUUGUUAAGUUCAGGCACAAGAAACCGCCCUCUCACGGCCAGGAACCCACAGGCCACAGGCACGACUGGGUAUGGCUGGGCACAGAUGCUGAGCUGGUGAUGAGCGUGCCGGGCAGCCCGGUCCAGCAAGACUCCCAAACUACAACCACUGUGAUAGACAUUGGGCCUGAUAAGACUGGCUCUCUUUCCAGGAGGCCCAGUUGUCUGGCCUCCGUCACAGAUUCUCCCCUCAGUUGCGUAGGCUCCCUCAGAGGCAAACCGAUGCCCACAGAGUCCCUCCACUCGCCCACCAGCAAGAGAAAGAGAGUCCAGUUCACAACCUUCUCCACACUAGAGCGCCAGCAUUCACCACAUCUCCCACCCAGAGAGAACGGCCAUGGCAUCCAUUGGGUUGGAAAGGAGGACAGCUGUGGGGAGGAACCUCAAGUGCCCAUCACAGAGCCUGGGGACCAGUUAUAAUAGAGAACCUGAUCAGACCUCACAUGUACAGCAGAUGUGGCUUUGAUCACCUCAAUGCCUUUGUCAACUCUGAAAACUGUCGAGAAUUUGUGAUUUUGGAAUUGCCCUCCUCUACAUUUCAUUACCUAUCAAGGCCUUUUACAUGUACAUGUACUGUAUAUUAUUGUUAAUAUUGGAGAGUUAGAUGUGUGUGAUCGUGUUUGAGACGGCCAAUUCAGACGGACUCCCUUUUCACACAAAGCCACCAAAUAUUAAAGCUGCAUGUGGAUAUCUACUUCUAAAUGGUUGCACUCACAUGCCGAUGCAUACAGUACAAAGACACCCAGAGAAAGUGUCUCCAAAUUGCAAAUAUAUCCCAUAUCAGUUGUAAUAUAGAGCAGGGGUGCCCAAUCCUAGUCCUCGAGAGCUACUUUCCUGCAGCUUUUAGAUUCAUCCUUGUUCCAACACACCUGAAUCAAAUGAAUGUCUUGUUAUCAGGCCUUUGCCAAACUUGAUGGCAUGCUGAAGAGGUCAUCAAACCAUUUGAUUCAGCUGUGUUGGAGUAGGGAUGCAUCUAAAAGCUGCAGGACAGUAGCUCUCGAGGACUAGGAUUGGGCACCCCUGAUAUAGAGCAUAAUCUGACACUGAUUUCACUAGACAUACGGCUUUGAUUAAAAUAAUAAGAACCAAAAGGGGUGUUUUCUAUUAUGCAACAUAAAAGAUGUAUUUGUAAUUUUAAGUUGGGUUAAUUUUCAGUUGCUUUUUUAAAAUUAAAACGGACUAAUCUUCAAUAUUGCCUAUUAAUUGAUUUCCUAUGUUAAGCACCAGCCACUUGAGUUGGUCAUCUGCUGCAGUUUUUUCUUUGCUUAAUUCAGAGAUGAAGGUUAUUUCCAUCUGCAGUACUUUACAUUCGGAAAAGUGGCUCUGUUUCGGGACCCCUCACAGAUUUCUACGUGGAUAUGUGGACAGCAUGAGGUGGGGAGAGCAGCAUCGAGACCCAACACAGAAAAAACACAUCAGGAAGAAGAAAGACACACGGGAGCUGGGGUGAAGGUCGUUUGCAAAGCGACUUGAAGAUGUGCAGCAAGUGUGUGCGGGCUGAAGCAGCUUAAACAGUGCUUCCUACAUGGGAUUUGUCAGUUGGAUGUAUAGAAGACCAUCAACUGAGCAGUUAGCUGAAGUAGGCUAGCGCUGGGACUCACCGUCAUGCUGGGAUCGUGGCCGAGCUCGUCUUUGUGGCCUGCCUGAACUAAUGCAGUUCUUGAUUUUACAGGUCUUUGUUACAGUGCUUACACUGGUGUGGUACGACAUCAUAAUCAACCUUUGUAACAGCAAUCAAAAUGACUUUUGUGCCAUUCUAUCUUUUAAACAAAGUUAUACUGGUUCAUUCUCUUUGUGUAACCCAGUUAUUGCAGCAUUAAAAAAAACAAAGGGGUAGCAUAACCUGGAAAAAUCUUGGACUUCAUUUGGAAAAGUCUGAUAAAGAGAAACAUAAUAAUUUUUUAGAACAAUAACCAUUUAAUAUGCAGAAUGAAUAAUCACAGUAUCCAUGCCUUUAUCAUAAUUAAACCAUAAAUAAGAGUCCAUCAUAAAUGUCACAUGUCUUUGGUUUAAAGCACUCUUCGUCAUAAUUCUUCAGUCAGGUAGUACAGAUAAAACCGCAUUGUUAUGCAAACGGGCAUAAUUAUACCUGUGCAACAAAGAGAGACUAGUGUCGCGCUCUUCUUCUCUCCUGCUGAA